GGGAAGGAGGAAGGAUGAAUGCAAGUUCACCAUGCGUAGCUUCGUCGCAAGCCGGUGGUGAAUGGAGCUUCGACCCCACCAGGCGCACCACGUCACGGCCUCACUCUCACACACCGUUGUUCCCAUCUCUUUCGCCCACCUAAAUUAUCAUUCAUUUCGUUGUUGACCCUCUGCCUCUCUCUCUCUCUCUCUCUCUUACAUCGCCUUCCCAAUCCCAUCUCUAGGGUUUCCCCCCCCCAGUUCUCUCUCUUCCCUCUGCUUCUGACUCUUUGACACAGACCCAGAAGAUAUCUUUUUUUUGGCCAAUUGGAGACCCAAGAACCGUUCUUGAUCCUCGCUUCUGGCUUCGGAGGCAAGUGGGUCUUUGGAGUUUGGUCGGGUUCUUGUUGCUACCGCCGAGGUUAGAGGUUAGAAUCUUGGUCGUGUUCCCUACUGAUUCAGCUCUUAGUUUCCGGUUUUGGGUAGUGGGAAUUUGGUUGUUGGGCUCGUGUUGUUGUUAGACUGGUGCUGUCUGGAGCUCAAGUUUGAAUCUUUGCUUGUUGAUUGGAGAGGAAGAGGUUUUUGGUGGGUGCUUCCAGUAUGAUCAAUCUGAUCAGUGAAUACCUAGUGGAAAUGCUCGCGCUUUGUGUGUUGUAGCCGUGUCUGUUGUCGGUUAUGGAUUUUUAAGCAUUCCGGGAACGGGAGUUUAGUGAGGGAUUGAGGAGCGCGUGUGCUUCAAGUGAUUGCGAUAUUGGGAUCUCGAAAAUGGACAACUCUAGGAACAGGCAGAAUGAUCCUUUGGGUGUGAACAAGAUGGGCAAGAACAUAAGGAAGAGCCCAUUACACCAGCCGAAUUUUGCCAAUAACAAUAACAACAACAACCCUGCUGCCGCCAACAACAACAACCACCCAAAUAAUGCUGCCAGGCAACAGCCGCAGCCUCAAGUUUACAACAUCAGCAAGAACGAUUUCCGCAGCAUUGUUCAGCAAUUGACAGGUUCCCCUUCGCAAGAUCCCUUGCCUAGACCUCCCAACAAUCCCCCAAAACCACAGAGCAUGCGGCUGCAGAAGAUCCGCCCACCGCCCUUGGGGCCUAUGAACAGGCCUCAUAUGCCCCCUCCAGCUGCAAUCCCUGCGGCUCCCCCUCCGGUUCCCUACAACAACAGCUUCGCUAGGCCUCCUCAAUAUGGUCAGCCAUCGCCAACACCUAUGCCACCUAUGGAACCUCGGGACCCGUUUAUGCAGAACACAACCGAGUCUCCUAUCUCUGCAUACAUGCGAUACUUACAGACUUCAAUCUUUGAUCCUAGUCCGGCUGGAAUCCAAGCUCCACCUCAUUUACCGCAGCAAGUUCCAGGUCAAGUUCAGAAUCAUCCACCACCAGCUGGUUUGCUUCACAAUCCAUCUGUCCCUCCACCAAGAAUGAGUGGUCCGAUGCCACCUAUGCCAAAUCUUCCUUCUCCUCAGAUGAAUGGUCCCGCACUGUUGCCCUCUCCGACUUCUCAAUACCUCCUACCAUCGCCAAACGGUUACUUUAAUUAUUUGUCUCAAAGAUCGCCAUAUCCUUUGCUUUCGCCCGGGUUCCAGUUUCCUCCCCCUUUGACACCCAACUUUGCGUUUUCGCCGGCCACUCAGACAGGGAUUUUGGGCCCAGGUCCUCAGCCACCACCUUCACCUGGGCUGGCAUUUCCGCUGUCUCCUUCAGCCUUCUUCCCAAGCCCAAGGUGGAGGACGUAAUACUUCCUUGUUUUUUUGGUUGUUUUUGAGCAAAAUUGCAGGCUCAAAGUUCCAUGCUGAAGAUCUUCGCAGUGAUGGAUCUGGUGCUUCAGCCAUGUAUACUAUGGAUUCAUCCGCUUGCGGAAGCUUCCACUGUGAAAAAUUUAUGUACGAUUGUCAUGUAAGAGGUUCUGCGUCAUUUGAAGUCCUUUUUGUGCAUGUUCAUUUUGUUCACUUUUGCCUGUAUUGACACCCAUUUUGUAGCUUUUUCUUUAUUGCUGGUGACUUGGAAAUAGUAACAGCUGCAAAAGUUCAAUUUAGCCGGUGGACAAGUUCGCUUUAGGUGAUAUAGGAAAAUACAUCAUGCAAAUGGCAAAUUUGCAGUGUGUAGCAUAAAAGGCUGACUUCAAUUGAAGGUAGGGAUUAGGUCCUGUACUGAGAAGAAUUCCAGUCUUGUUGUAAUAAUACUGAUAUAGUCUUUGUUUCCAUUCGAUCUGCUCUUCUUUUGAUUGGUC